AUGCUUCUGAGAUAUAUAUUUCUAGCUGCCUUUGCUGUUGCAGCAAGUGCUACGCCAGAGCCAGCACCUAUAGGCUUAGAUAUCCUUGGGGAUCUUUUAAAAGAUGGCCCCGACAAGGACAUCAAGAUUGCCAAUGGUGGGCCGGUUGGACCCGGACUCAGCGAACUCGUUGCAAUCGCCGAGGGAAUUCUCAGGAAGUACGGUAUUACAAAGACAUAUGCCGAUUUAGUAGACCUUGACGCAGGUCUGCUUAAAAUUGCCGCAGAUAUCCUUGGAGUAAAUGGGAAAGAGGGCAUUAUUGCAGCACCGGGAAAGCUCCUCGGCGGUGGCUCCCCCAAAACCUCGAAGCUGGACGCAGCAAACCAAAAGGUCCUACCGACAGAUAUAUACAAACCAACUCUACCAGCCGCAGAGCAAGAGGGUGUCAAAUUCCAUAAUGUUGACGUUGUCAGCUUUUUACCCGGCGUGGUAGAUGAAACUUGGAUAGUCGCUUUUGGUGGCAAGGAAACCCAUUUUGGUACUAAUAAGGCCUGCUUCUCGUUAGCUGGAGGGAACCUUCAGCUGUCCGGCGAUGCCAUCAAAGCUAGAUGCCUAACCAAGGACAUCAGCGGUGAGAAUAAGGGUUCUCCUGAGGAAGAAAAGAGACCUUUAAAAGAGGAGAAAUGCCCUCCUUUGGCACUCGCUGGGGUCCAAGGGGGGAAAGUGAUUGUUGUUCGACCAGGUUCUCCUAAUGUGAAGGCGGAGAAAGUUGAAAAGAUCUUGGGGUGUUGGGGGUCAAUUCCAGAUGACAUUUUGCCCAAACCAGUUCCCCUUCCAGGACCAAAAGGGCAGGCACCUACUAAGAUGGUGGGUCAGAACGAGACUGAGCCGAUCAGUCCGGCCGGAAUCUUGCCUGUACCUCCCAUCCCUUCCCCUGGCCCCGAAGAGCUAGUUGCCCCCGCCAGAAUUCCUAAAUACGCAAUUCUCAAGUUCAACGGCGUCUUGGCGCAAGAGUAG